AUGCGUCUCACGAUCGAACGUAGCUGGGUAAAGAUGGCGGCGGGCUCCGAUUUGCUGGAUGAUGUUUUCAACACAGAGGUGGACGAAAAAGUAGUUAGUGACCUAGUCGGGUCUCUGGAGUCUGAGCUAACAGGAACAGAACACGCCAACGCAACGCCCAGGGUCCAGUCUGCAGCAAAUCACGUCGGCAGCUCAGCUAUAGGCAGUAAUUCCAAUGUUCAGGGUAGCAAAAUGGGACUUUCACAACAAGAGCUUGCUAAAGCAGGGACAGGAGUUCAAGGAGGUGUCAGUAACAGUACGGGGUCCCACGGUCCAAGCAUGGAUGGGGCAGCCGGGAUCACGUCGGCGGCCGGGGGACCGAGUAUGACAGCCGCUCAGAGUCAGUCCAAGCCGGGGACAGCUAGUGGAGUUGUUACGGUAGUGACGGAUGCUACGUCCGGUGCUGGGAAAACCGCAGUUCAAACUUUGAAUGGAAGUUCCGUGGUGAUGAACUGUCAUGUACCCGGAGGUGGAUCAGCUGACAACAACAACUCACACCCCGCUGUCACCGUCGUCAACAACGGACCCGCGUCUGUGACCAAAGCGGUUUUGUCUGCGGCGCCAAGUGCUAUUAUUCGAACUACUUUGAGCGCGCAAAAUGCCGCGACUCCGUCUGUGAUUUCGUCCCAGCCCUCUUUUAAAACUGUACCCACGGUCACGCUUGUGAGGCCACCUAUGCAAACCCCAACUGUCACUUCGCAAAGCGCAGGCAGCCCAGCCGCCGUUUUCACGUCGCCAGCCGCCAGUGUUACCAGCACGACUGGUUCUGUUGUCAACAAGAUCGACUCCACAAAAACUAUCAUGCAGACUGGCGCUCACGUCGUGACUUCAAGUGUCUUGACGGGGACCACGGCGACCAUCAGGAGUCCGACUGUCCUGCAGGGUCUGAGGACUUCAGUGCCGUCAACGAUCGCCGCCACAGCUCCCGGAGGAAUACGAGCUAUUGCUCCGCAGAUGUUGGCACCUCGACUCCCUCAGCCUCAACAAAACGCCCCAAAUAUCCAAAACAUCCAGAUCCCUGCAGGCAUGGUCUUGGUUCGCAGUGAGAGUGGGCAGCUCUUGAUGAUUCACCAGCAGGCUUUGGCUCAGAUGCAGGCUCAGUCGCAGUCACAAAGCGCCAUGACGCCCCGACCUGCAGCCCCUGCCAGCACUCCACCUGUCCAGAUCACAACUCUACAGCAGGCCCCCGGUGCCUCGGUGCUGGCUCGUCCGGUUACACCCACCACCAUAAUUAAACAAAGUUCAACUGGUCAGACCACUGUGACAACCACCACCACACUGCAGAGGCCUCCUGUGCUGCAGAACACGAUCAUGCUGGGAGGAACUGCCACCACCACAGGACAGCCGCUAGGGACGGCGACCACGGUGCAGCCUGGAUCCGCAGCCACAGCCGUAGCACAGAGAGUGGGGACUGGGACCCCUGUCCCUCCGACACCUGUCUCCGCUGAAACACUGGAGAAUGUAAAGAAGUGCAGAAACUUUCUGUCCACACUGAUCAAGCUGGCAUCUGGUGGAAAACAGUCCUCUGAGACCACAGCUAAUGUCAAGGAGCUGGUCAAGAACCUACUGGAAGCAAAGAUAGAGCCUGAAGAUUUCACCAGCAGGUUGUACCAGGAGCUCAAUUCUUCACCACAGCCGUACCUUGUACCUUUCCUUAAGAGAAGUCUCCCAGCACUGCGCCAGAUGACUCCAGAUUCCGAGGCCUUCAUCCAGCAGAGCCUGCUGCCUCAGUCGAGUGCUCAGACGGCGGCGGCGGCGGCCCCCACGGCCCUCACCGCUGUGGUCCUGCGACCUCCUCUGUCCUCCCCCAUCACUACGGCCACCAACACUGCUGCGACCAAAACCACAGUGAUCAGCCUCCCCCAGACGCCUCACAGCAAACCUGGACUGAUAGUGUCCCAACCGGGGACAAUGGUGAGGCCGCAGGUGACGUUGGCUCAGUCGUCCGUGGUAACGCUCAGAGGACAACCCCAUAGCCGCAUCAUUGUGAGCCAGCCACCAGUGGUCAAACAGCUACAAACAGUCAAGCAGACGUUGACUCCAGUGGUUAAAGGAGUGCAAGUUAUCAGUCAGGCCUCUCUCACUGUGGCUCAGAAGAACAAGCUGAAGGAAGCAGGAGGGGGAACUUUCAGGGAUGAUGAUGACAUCAAUGAUGUGGCCUCCAUGGCAGGAGUCAACUUGUCAGAGGAGAGUGCCCGAAUCUUAGCAACCGGUUCUGAGCUUGUUGGCAUGGUGACGCGUUCUUGUAAGGACGAGACCUUCCUCUCCACCUCGUCACUCACCCGUACAGCUCUGGAGAUUGGUAAGAAGUUUGGUGUCAGCGAGUUGGGCGCCGACGUCAUCAACUACAUUUCCCAUGCUACACAGCAGCGGCUGCAAAACCUGUUGGAGAAGGUGUCACAAGUGGCACAGCAGAAGAACGGAACGUUCAAGGAGGACGAGCGGUACGAGCAGAGCGGCGACGUACGAGCCCAGCUCAAAUUCUUUGAGCAGCUGGAUCAGAUGGAGAAACAAAGGAAGGAGGAGCAGGAGAGAGAGAUCCUCUUGAAAGCUGCCAAGUCUCGGUCGCGGCAGGAAGACCCAGAGCAACUUCGACUGAAACAGAAGGCCAAAGAGAUGCAACAGCAGGAACUGGCUCAGAUCAGGCAGAGAGAAGCCAACCUAACGGCGCUGGCAGCAAUUGGCCCAAGGAAAAAACGGAAAAUGGACUCUCCUGUCAGAGGCGCCAGUGCAGAGGGCUCGGGGUCAGGCCCGUCCCAGCCCGGAGGCUCCAGUGGGUCAGGCUCCAGACAGUUCACACGCCAGCGCAUCACCAGAGUCAACCUCAGGGACCUGCUCUUCUGUCUGGAGAAUGAACGAGGGACCAGUCACUCACAACUGCUUUAUAAAGGCUUCCUCAAAUAGCACCUGCAUUGAAAUGACUAGUCUCACCAGUGGCAUUAAGGAAGCAGAGCUGGCCGCCUCAGACUCUUCCUCCUGGUACUUUCUUAGACCGCCCACUGACGAAUUAAGAGACAUCUGUCUGUGGGAAGAGAAGAAUCUGGAACAGAAGAGACGUCAGCUUUUAAAAGCCUCUUCAAGCACAGGCCUUUUGUAUUCUCUCCAGAGAUGGAGCAAAUAUUGGAACUCAGCACUGAUUUCAGUGUGCCUCUCAGCUCGGUUUGCUCCUCAGAGACCGGUUGCACCCAACCACACAUCACUCAUGCACUGCCUCAUGCUGCACUGGAGGAAUAAAAACAACAACAUCUUUAACUCAACUGAGCAUUUCAGAUUAGACAUCCUCAUUAGUGUCACUGCAGUGACAUCUGUGUUGUAGCAGCAAAUCUCCUCUAAGUGUUUGGUAAGCACUCUGUUUAUUUAAGUGCGUAACAGAGAUUUUUUAAUUUAUCAAGCAUUUAUACGGUAUUUUAGCGAUGCCUGUGGAUUGUUUUACAGAGACUAAUCUUGACUAGUCUUAUCAUCUGCUGAGUUGCCUUCUUAACGAUUUAAGCCAUACGGAUUAGAAUGUGUUGAUCGAGUAAUUUCAUCCACUAUUACAACUUUCUUUGCAUUUGUAGAAUGGGUGCUUUACUGAUUUGCUUUUUUUUUCUUUGUCUUUGCUUGAUUGGAGACAAAAAUAAUUAUUUAUGUGUCUUUGUUGUGCGCGAUGUUCAGGUUCUAUCGGAACUGUCACCAAUCAUGAGGUUUUUACGUGGAGAGAGUUCCUAACGCGAUGGUUAAAGAAGAAAGCCAAUGUUUUAAUUCACAUUAUAGCACAUACUACAUGGGCUUCAUCUGCUUUACAUUCCUGUCAGUCAUUUCGAUCACCACAUUUAUUAACUGACCAUUAAACUCAAAGAACUGACUCGCAGUGAACAUCCCUUUACAAAGUAAUUGUAUCGUUGCAGAUAUUGACUUAAAAAAGUCCGCACAUUUUCUGUCACAAGCUCAGAGGAGAUUAAGAAUAUUCUUGAACAAUGAAAUGUUUACAUUACUGAAUCAAAAAUGUGGCUCUGGUUGGCUUUCUUGAAUUAUGUUUCUGACAAACUGAGCUUACCAGACGUUUCUCUACCUGCCAUCAAAAUUUGCAUCAAGAUGCAGUUUUCUAAGUAAUAGUGAUGUUUACUGUGCUGUGUCCUUUCUCAAACACAUUUAAGCCUUUGCUUAAGAACCGAAAUGAAAUGGUUGUUGCGGGGGAUGUAAAGUAUUCUUGUGCAUUUAAUUUGCGGUAAUUUAAAACUACAGUGCAGAACUUUUGUCUCCCUCUACUGACAGUGAGAGUAAUUACACAAACACUGUUGAUUAUGUGCCUCCUAGAGGACAACACCAAUGGUAACAACCUGUGUUGGUUGUUGGCAUUUAAACGUUUCUUGGAAGCUGUGUAGAUUUUUAUUGCUUCCUUAACGUGAGAGACUGAAUUCAUAGAACCUUGGUUACAUUCAUAACUUUUCACCACACUCCUAGUUGUUCUAGGCUACUCUGUAGCCUCUUGUACUGCAGAAUGCAGAGAGAUUUACGUGCAGCUGAUUAGCUUAAUCAGUAUUGCAUCAACACAAGGGCUUGAUGUAACAGUUAAUUCAUUUGUAAAAGUUCUGCACUGUAGCUUAAAAGAAAGGAUCUGGAGAAAUGAAUCCCUAUACUGUUACCGAUUUAAGACAUUUAAAUACAUAGUGAAUUAUUUUUCAAUAAGUUGUACGUCCAUAUUUUUAUAUUUAUGAAUAAUGGUAGCUCGUGUCGGUUGAAAAGGUGCAUGAACUGCAAAACGAGGACUGCACUUUGACGGAUCCGUUUUCUAAAUCUAGUCAAUCUGACAAACAUACCCACUUGAUAACUUUCUAUAUUUUUAAUGCACAUACAAAUUCUGGUCUUUAUACCUUUUGCCAUUUUAUGAAAGAAUGUUUAUUGGCAGAUUUUAUUACCGUGUAUAUAUAUAAAUAUAUAUAUUUGAGUGUACCAUUUGUACAUUUAUCAUUUGAGAACUUUGAAUUAAAAAAUUGGUCUUAUUUUUCACGUAUAUAAAAAUGUGUUAAAUGAGAUGAACAUGACGCUUUUUUCUGCCAAUAUCUUGUAAAUUUUGCACAGCUAUUUGUUUAUAUGUAAAUAUCUGAUUUAAAAAAAAGUUUUUAAUUGCUAUUUUAUAAUGGAUUGAGAGAGAAUGAUCUCUAUUAAAAGAAAAAAUAAGUCAAAA